CCACAGGAGCGGGGGAACUCCUUCCCUGUCGGAGGGGCCGAGGAGGGCACGACGUCCUGUUCGCUUCCGUCCAUUCUGGGUCCCAGGUUUUCCGUGACCAUUCCCCAAUCGAUCCCUCUGAAGUAAUCUUAACCCACCCUCCUGCGGUCUCUCUGAACCCCCCGCGUGGGAGAGCCCACUUCCUCUCCCUCUCCCUCUCUUCGCCGGGAUUCCUUCGAACCAAACCUCCUCGAUCUCGGAAUCUGGGUAGAUUUAGAGCAAGAAAAGGAGCCUAGAUUCUCGGGAAACCGAAAAUCCCGCGGCAAAGAGAAGACAACGAUGAUGUCUUUUCUGUUAAAAUUCAUCUCCCUCGCCAUUUUCGUCUCAGUCCUCGCUCCGAGCUCGUCUGCUAUUCCAUUCAUCGUCUUGCACGGAAUUGGGGACCAGUGUGCCAACAAAGGGGUAUCGCAGUUUACUGAGCUUUUGAGCAAAUGGUCCGGAUCCGAGGGAUAUUGCAUAGAAAUUGGAAGUGGAACAUGGGACUCUUGGGUUAUGCCCCUGCAUCAACAGACUAAUCUUGUUUGUCAGAAGGUAAAAGAAAUGAAAGAACUCAGCAUGGGUUACAACAUAAUUGGUCUUUCUCAGGGCAACUUAAUAGGUCGAGGGGUGGUUGAGUUGUGCGACGGUGGACCUCCUGUAAAAAAUUUCAUCUCAUUGGCAGGCCCUCAUGCUGGCACUGCUUCUGUGCCACUUUGUGGUUCUGGAAUCAUAUGCAUGCUUGUGGAUGAUCUCAUCAAAUCAGAAAUCUAUUCUGACUACAUUCAGGCCCAUCUGGCUCCUAGUGGUUAUCUAAAGAUUCCGACUGAAAUCCCUGCCUAUUUGGAAGGAUGCAGGUUUCUCCCAAAGCUUAACAAUGAAAUACCUGGUGAGAGGAAUUCUACUUACAAAGAAAGGUUCAGUAGCUUACAGACAUUGGUUCUUAUCAUGUUUGAGCAGGAUAACGUAUUGAUUCCCCGGGAGACAUCUUGGUUUGGGUAUUAUCCAGAUGGUGCCUUUAGCCCAGUCUUGCCUCCCCAACAGACCGCCCUCUACAUAGAAGACUGGAUUGGUCUGAGAGCUUUGGAUGAGGCUGGACGAGUCCAAUUCAUCACUGUGCAAGGAGGUCACCUCAGAAUUUCUGAGAGUGACAUGCAGAAGUAUAUUGUGCCGUACUUGAACGACAAGUCACCCUUCCUAAAAUUAUCGGUAUCGCGGUGGUUUCUAUCAGCUUGGGAUGCCAUGAAGGAUGGUCUGGGUCUCUGGGACCAGUAGAAAAAAGAACUCCUUGGCCUUCCACUUUCAGGAGCGAGCGUAAGUAAAUAUGUUGAUCUGUCCACUAGACUUUGCUGACAUUUGUUCCAUGAUAUUAUCAGUGCAUGUGUGCUAAAACAGAUAUUCCAGUAUUGCACAGACACCUCAAUUCCGAAUGAUUUCUGAAUGAAUUUUAAGUCGCGCAACCAACU